ACUGCACUGCGGACAAAAUAGUGCAGUGAGAAUUGUUAGAUAGGCUAUAUCAUUCACGUUUAGGCACAUAUAACAGUAUGUUUCGUUGUAUUGUGUGAUGGGGUGUUUGCCAGUCUAUGGUGAAUAGACCAGUCGCUUGUAAUAUGUGUGGAAGUGGAAUGAAUUAGAUUGCUAUUUUACUGUUCGCGUCAUUUGGACGUGUUUAUUUUGUACACUGGCGUGGCUGCUGCCUGCUUGCUUGUUAGUCUACAGUAACUGUGGAUAUUCCUCUGUGGAAACGCUUCCCUGCGUAGGUAGGCUAUUGAAUAUGUGCUGUCAGUGAUUUGGAUUUGUGAGUGGGCUAAUCAUUUUCCUUAAUGUUUACAUCCAGUAGCCUACAUGUGUGCAUUGCCAUUGCAGAGUACAGCUUAUUGAGUUUCCUAGACUACUGCACGCUAUGCCGUGUUAAAAUCCAAGUAAUUGUCGAACAUGCUACCAUAUCGACAGUGUAUGGACUAGAGAACUGGAGUGGUCUGUGAAACUGUAGCUUAUGUGAACAUAGGAUACAGUAGCGCGUUUGAAGGGCGCAUCGCAUCUCAUCUCUCGGACUCCGGGCGAUGGUCUCGAGGACGCUCCUCUGCGUUUUGUGCAACCAAGAUCCAAAUGAAGAUUGCAAAGAGGCGGAAACGGAUGACUUGUAAUUUCUUUGCCAGAUAAAUGGCUCAUUUAAGUUGGGAGCUGCUCGGGUUCUGUCCGGCUGGCAGCAGUGCCUAGCGCCAGCGCUACAGGACCAAGCCAAUAUGAAUGGCACCAGUGAGCAGGUUGACAUCUUGCCUCCCAACUGCAUGGUGAAGGACCGAUGGAAAGUGCUGAAGAAGAUUGGUGGUGGAGGAUUUGGAGAGAUCUAUGAGGCACUGGACCUGCUAACCAGAGAGAAUGUGGCUCUGAAGGUGGAGUCAGCCACGCAGCCAAAGCAAGUCUUGAAGAUGGAGGUGGCUGUUUUAAAGAAACUUCAAGGAAAAAAUCAUGUCUGUAAAUUCAUUGGCUGUGGAAGAAAUGAUAAGUUCAACUAUGUUGUUAUGCAACUUCAGGGACGCAACCUGGCAGAUCUCAGGAGAAGCCAACCUCGUGGCACUUUCACCAUGAGCACAACUCUUCGCUUAGGAAAACAGAUUCUUGAGUCUAUAGAAGCCAUUCAUUCGGUUGGCUUCCUGCAUCGUGAUAUCAAACCUUCAAAUUUUGCCAUGGGAAGAUUGCCUUCAACAACCAGGAAAUGUUAUAUGCUGGACUUUGGGCUUGCACGGCAGUACACAAACACAAAUGGAGAGGUUCGACCACCAAGAACAGUUGCAGGUUUCAGAGGAACUGUACGAUAUGCAUCGGUCAAUGCACAUAAAAACAAAGAAAUGGGUCGCCACGAUGAUCUUUGGUCUUUAUUUUACAUGUUGGUGGAGUUCGCUGUCGGACAGUUACCAUGGAGAAAAAUCAAGGACAAGGAACAAGUUGGACAGAUUAAGGAACGUUAUGACCACCGGAUGCUGCUGAAACACAUGCCUUCUGAAUUCCAUGUCUUCUUAGAGCACGUCUUAGGCCUUGACUACUACACCAAGCCAGACUAUCAGCUCCUGAUGUCAGUGUUUGACAACAGUAUGAAGGACAGGAUUAUAACGGAGAAUGAGCCGUAUGAUUGGGAGAAAGGUGGGAAUGACACCCUGGUCUCCACCAACAGCACGUCCACAGCACCACAGCACAACACGCGGCAGACGGCAGCCAUGAUGGGGGUGGUGAACAUAACCCCGGGUCCUAGUGACAUGCAGCGUGAAAACACAGAUGAUGUGCUGCAGGAUGAGCACCUGAGUGACCAGGAGAAUGCCCCUCCUGUUCUGCCCUCACGGCAUACAGCCACAGAAGGAGAUUGGGAAGAUACAGACUUCAACCGCAAUAAACUCAGGAUAAACCUUGGCAAGGCUGGGCUGGAGGAGGAGUGUAAUCGUGGGGUAUGUCCUGAAUCCCCCAGUGGCCAGGUGCGUUCACUCCGAUACCGCCGGAUCAACAGCCCAGAGUCUGACCGCCUCUCUGCUGCUGAUGGGAGAGAUGGUUAUGGACAGAGGUCACGCAUGGACAUCCUAGGGUCGCCUUCACGGCAUCUAUACUCCUCCCAGCCUGCACAGAUGCUCUCGCUGGAUGGUUGCCGUGGCAACCCACUGGCUAGUGGUCGACAGGAAGCCUCUGCAUCAGUGGACCAAGAGGCCCACAGUAAUGCCUUCAUUGGGUCUGUGCCACUUGCCGAAGAGGAGGAUUUUGAUAGCAAGGAGUGGGUGAUCAUUGACAAAGAGACAGAGCUCAGGGACUUCCACCCAGGAGCAGAGCCCACCACGUCUGGCACCACAGACGAGGACCCCGAAGAGCUGAGGCCCCUGGAGGAGCAGGAUGAGCGGAGGAGGCUAAGGGGAGCGAUGUGUAUGGAUCAGACGGUGCGACCCAAAACCAGUUGGUCAGGAGGUGGGGACAGGGCCCGGUCCAUGCUGCCUGUCACUGAGGAGGAGGUGUCCAAGCGCAUCAGUGGAGCGCGAGCUGGUCAGUCGACCACAGAUAGUCCUGCUCAGUCACCAAGCAGCUCAUUGCCACGAAGGAGGGAGUCAGACCCAACAGGACCUCACAGACCGCUGGAUGAGGACAGGCUGCAUGGCCCGAGGCCUAACCAGCUGCGGCGGCUAGCAUCCUACGUCUUCUCGUCAUCCACGCUGGAGACAGAACAGUACCCUCACGCCUCCAACGCCUCCUUCAUCCAGCGCAGCCGCUCGGCGGAGAGCAGCCCUGCCCAUGCACAAGGCCGCUGGAGCUCCCGCCGCCACGCUCCACUGCAGACGCCCGGGAGCCCACGCAGCCGCCACUCCAUGCUCAACGUGUCCCGCUCACAGAUCCAGCAGAUGCUGGCAAAACUCAUGAACAAGAAUGCCAGUUAAAGGCACCUUCUGCUUGCUUCCUCUACUCUCCUCAUAUUUGUUAAGCACUUCCCUAUACUUGCACAUAUACAAACACAUACCCCCCCCCACCCCCCAACACACACACACACACACACAUACACACACACACUUUCAUAGCGCACACAGACGAAGACUCAAAUAUAUACGUAAAAAAAAUACAUACAGCUAAACGGACUGAAAUGUUAAUCCCACCAAAACACAAAAAAUGGUGUUCUAAUGCAAUAAAUUGUGUAUUUCUCUUUUGCAAGGCUCAUUAGAGACAGCUCAAGCUAGAGAAGGUGAAUAUUGAGGCCAGAAGUUAUUGCUUUGUUGGCUGGAUGCUUAUGCAAGGAGUUCACUCAUGCACACUUGUACACAAAUAUUUCCAAUAUUUACGUCAAAGAAUCUUGGCCCUUUCAAACUGGUGGAACUUGUGUACCUCAUUCAUUUUUUAAUCAUUAUUUCAAGAAUCAUGUCAAGAACAGACAGGUAUCGGUACCAGACAAAUACCACUUGAUUUAUUGGUGUUCAUAAGUACCUUAAAUGAAAAAUAUAAACUAAAUGCCCAUUAGCUAUUGCUAAAAAUAACACAUCAUUUGUAUCAAGUCAUGUGUACAGUGCACCUUCUCCUUCAUUGACUAUAGCUGCACACUGGUUUCUUAUUCACCAGAUAUUUAUUUCAGUUUAGUGUGAACCGGUGAGUCAGGUAGAAGUCACAGUUUGGCUUAGGGCUCCGUGGAGAAUUUGUUGCCUCUGAGACAAACUAAAAUAAACUAAUUGUUUGAAUGAUAGAAUCUUGUAGGUAGCCUUCCAAGUUACUUCUUGUGUAAGAGGGUUGAGUAAACCAUGGAGCAUUCUUUGCAAAUAAUAAUGUUGUUAAAAAAUAAUGAAUAUAUUACUGCAGAUUUGAAGUGGAAAAACUUUACCCAAGCUCCUGUUACCUGAGCCAACCAUUGGAAAAGCAUAUCAAUGUAUGGAGCAUGAAGGCAGGCAACAGAUUUAUGUUGGAGCUUGUUACUUGUGCUGCAUUUUAUACAUGUCUUCCAGAUACUGACUUCGCAAUUGAUUUAAAAAAUGUGUCUAUACCACAUGUAAAAGUUAAUGAAUGACCUAGAGGACUGGAGUUCUAUCUAGUACAAAUUGCUAGUGUGGAAUGUACUGUAGAGGUUCAAUUGCUCAGCUCUUCAAGAAGGGGUCUGAUUUGUAACUCUUCAGAAUGAGGUAAUGUAUACCAGUUUUUCCAGGAGAGCUGAUGGGUUUUGUUAUGGAUGGGUGGUCAUAUCUCUUGUGUGUGUGAGUGUUGGCUUUUUCUUUGUCCUGUUACUCCUGGUUGCAGGUGAUAAAGUUUUGUGUUCCCAUUGUUGUUGUUUUUUUAAUAUGCUGUCCAAGUAGAAAGUAUUUGACCUAGACUAGGGCUAUAGAAUAUAGUGUCAAACUAAAAACAUGUUGAGCUGUUGUUUGUGUGUGUGUGACCAUGAGCAGACAACAUGCCCUGUAGCAGUGGAUGAUUGAAUACGGUGUGUUUAGCCAAUGAAUCAGAAGAUUUGGGCUCCAUGUGGUGUCGUCAGUUGUUGUUUUGAGUACUUUACCUCACUGUUGCACUUUACCCAAAGGAGUGAGGAGAGGAGUUAGCCAUGGCCUACAGUGACAGUGAUGCAACAGACAGUAAGGCAAUAAUGCAAACGUAUCUAUUAGCACUGGAAUGUUUUUGUUUUUUUUGUAAUAUACAAACAAAAACACUACAUAUUACAGUAUAACAUGUCAGGACAUAAUUAUAAGAAUAAAUGUGUGAGUUGUGAUUAAGCUUACAUUGCAAAGGUGUUCCAGUGGCACGGGGUUGCAGCGGCGUGGUGCUUGAGAAUAUGUUAGUGUCAUGAGGUUUGUGGUCGAUGUGUUGAUAAGGGUGUUAGUUGUGCUUCAUGCUACUGAUUUCUGACACAGCGGAUGUACAAUGUGAGUCAAGUUAAGCUGAAGACUUGCAUUAGAACCAUGUGUCAAGGGCUACUGUGGAAAAAAAGCAUGCAACACUAAUUUCAUUUUGAACAUUUUGCCUUUCACAUUAGCUUCCUGUUUGCACAUAUAUUUAUCACAAAAAAUGGGAUUCUCAUGAUUUACUAAAAGCAAAUAUUGAUUUGUUUACAAUAUAUCUAAAAGUUAAAACACAAUAGAUUUCUGCAUGAAAAUAAUGUAUGAAAUGUCAAGAGGAAGGUUUCACUGGUACCAAAGUGUCCUUUUUUGCUCUAUAGGGAUUCCACACAUAAGAUUGCUGAGUAGGUAACAUAAGGUAAUGUAAUGUAAUCAUUUAAAGACAAAUAAAAACAAAAAUACAGUCACUACAUGCAGGUCUGCUUGCAUUUCACACAGACUACACUGAUGCUUUCUUUUAUUUAGUUACAUAGCCUUUUGUUUUGAUUGUAUACAGGCUCUUGAGUGUGUCCAAUAGGAUAAAUGAGUGUUUCCAAUAAUGACUGUUUCUCAUACCAUGUCACUGUAGUGAAAUCUGCUACUGUUUUGAUUACUGUAAGUCAUUGCCUUGGUUCUUACUAAGUGAUUGUACUUUGUAAUGCGCAAGGUCAAGCUGCUAAAUCUUUGCACUUCUUUUGCACAUCUGUGUAAGACUCAAUAACUGGUCACAGGAUAAAGGCAGGAUAAAGGUAUACUUGUUUUUUCCUCAUGGAGGUAGUGUUACUCUUGUAAAUAUGCUGUUUUCCCAUUUCAACAAAAGCCAAUAAUGGAAAGAAAAAAAAAUAAAGUUGUCUUACAUGAUAUUAUUUGCAUGUUAUAUUCAUCAGAAACAUGGUAAGAUCUCAAGACAGCUUAUGUAUGAAUGUGAUAUGUUUUGAGGGAUGUUCCGAAAUUUUGGAUGCCUUUUGCAAAAAUGUUUCUGUUUCAAACCAUUACUUUUUGCUGCACUAUUCAUUUCAUUACAAGCUAUGAAAUUCAAAUGGAACAGAUGUGUAUCCAAUGUGUCUUCUGUUUUUCUUUUCGUUUGACUUAUUUCUUAAAACUGUAGUUGUCUGUUAUUGCUGAACCUCUGUUAUCCUGUUUCUUUUAAUAUUUGAAAAGAGAAAGAGAAAUGCAUAGUAUUACAAAUUCUUAUUGACAUGAGAGGAGGAAAUGAAAGUAGAAUAGACGAAGAAGGAAGGAAAGUGAUAUGUCCCACAUUUGUAUGGUUUCAUUUACAGAAUCUUAAACAAAGAUUGACUGAUAAAAUUGCAAGUGAGAUUUAUAUGUGGUGAAUUUUCAUUUGGCAUAUUCAUAUUUCCCACUGUGAAUGAUGAAGGUAAUUCUUUAAUUGUGAAUUGGGUCACCGACCAAAGAUAACUAUCUAAUGCUGUAGUUCAGGCACAGAAGAGUGAUGUUUUAUCCAUCUGCUUUUCAGUCAUUUUUGUAUCUAUUACAAAAAUGAAUAAGCAGAACCACAACAGUCAUGCGUCAGCACAGGCAUCAUAAACCAAUGUUUUUAUUGUCAUUAUUAUUAUUAUUAUUAUUAUUAUUAUUAUUAUUAUUAUUAUUAUUAUUAUUAUUGACUAUCCUACAAAAUACUGCUGGCUUUUAAAUUUAACUUCUGUUGAAACGUCCACCUUUUGGCAGAUGAAUGACUAGCUCCAUGAUCUUUGAGUUUUCAAUGUAUGAUCAAAAUAUACUGUAAGCAUUAAAGCGAAUUUCUUUUGUAUCACAUAUCACUGUACAGGAUGCUUGUAAUAUUUACAGGUAACGCAUGUAUUUUAAAGAUUUUGAUAAAUAUGGUGUAAAUAGAUAGAUAUGAAAAAUAAAAUAUAGUUAUUUAUCAAUGAAGCAUGUUAUUAUGUUGGUGGAGUCCAUAUGGAUAGUGUGGUUAAUCAAAUGGGGAACCACUUGGAUUGCGUGCUUUCAAAAAAGGGAAAACCACAAAGCAUUUUUGUGCCUUUUUGUAUUCAUGUAUGUAUUGUAGACAAUCUUGAAAAGCUUGUAUACAACCAAACUACAAUAAAAUAAUUUGGU